GGCUGCCGCGGAAGGUGACGGUGCGGGAGCUGGGCGGCUGCAUGGGCCCCAUCUGGCCCAGCUACUACAGCGAGUGCAGCGCUCUGCUGUUCGUGGUGGAUGCCUCCAACCCCGCCCAGGUCUCCUCGUCCUGCAUCCAGCUGCUCUCGGUGCUCUCUGCAGAGCCCCUCGCCUCUGUGCCCGUCCUGGUGCUCUUCAACAAGAUUGACCUGCCCUGCUACAUGUCCCUGGUGGAGAUGAAGUCGCUGUUCCGCCUGCAGGACGUGGUGUCCUGUGCCUCCCAGCCCAUCUCGCUGCUGGAGAGCAGCGCCCGCCUCGGCACCGGCCUGGCGCAGGUGCUGCAGUGGCUGCGCAGCGCCCUCCGGGAGCGCUGCUGAGCCCAGGGCCCUGGAGCCCGGGACGGGCCGGUCACAGCAGGGGCAGAGCCCAGGACACUGCCACGGGCUGUUGACGGGCUGGAUCCCUGUAGGACUGCACAGUAAAACUCCCGCCAAACUG